CUCUCGCCUUUUCCCGGCUCACGUGGGCUGUAUUUGUUAUGGACACUAAGUAGGCAAAUACCGGGGGGAGGGGGCUAAUUAAUUUUGGAGGUUCCCAUCCACCUACCUAGCUCACAAUAUGACAGGCUGGUCGAGGUGGACUAGCUGCCCCACCCUGGGGAUGGUAUUACUGAGCGCAGCAUGGCGCUGCCACCUUUGGUACUGGGGAAUGGAGGGCACCCCACUGGCACUUCCUUAAAACUCGGCUCCUCUCACAGUUUGCCAGAUUCUGACACCGGGCUCGGUGUAUGGCUGGAGAUCCCCAGUGUCGCCCCUCUCCGGUCUGCCUCUGACACCAGCUGGGACAGCUCGCCCAUAAGCAGAGAUCCCCCAGGACCCAGCAUGCCCGGAGCUGCUGAUGAGAAUUCCUCCAGAACCUCUUACCAUGGCAUGUUCCGGAUGUAUCUAGACUCACCCAGCCACAGGGGAUGUGAAAACCAGGGUUCGCCAGAGCAGGCAGCUAGCACCAGAAACUCUAAGGAGCAGGGGGCACGAAGGCUGGCAAGGGAUCUGAGAACCAGGUCCCAUCACUGCAGCCCAGUAAGUGGAGCUCAGGCUGAGCCGCCCUUUGCCUCUCCUGUUCUAGAAGGGUAUCAGACGAUGAAACUGGCAAUCCGCAGAGAGACCUUCGCUUUUCUCCCUUACCCUGGGCUGCCCAUUCCACAAGAACUGAUCUGCAAGUGGACUGACAGCAAAGGACACCACUCCAGGCAGGCUUGCUCCAGAAUAUUCAGCACCAUGUAUGAGCUAGUCCACCAUGUCACCAUGGAGCACGUCGGAGGACCAGAGCAGCCCAACCAUAUUUGUGACUGGGAGGGCUGCGCUAGGGAGAAAAAACCCUUUAAAGCCAAAUACAAACUCGUAAACCACAUCAGAGUGCACACAGGCGAAAGGCCGUUUCUAUGCCCGUUUCCUGGGUGUGAGAAAGUGUUUGCAAGAGCUGAAAACCUGAAGAUACAUAAAAGAAUCCACACAGGGGAGAAGCCGUUCGUGUGUGAAUUCGCUGGGUGUGACAGGAGGUUUGCCAACAGCAGUGACCGGAAGAAGCACACCUACGUGCACUCGAGGGACAAGCCAUAUCGCUGCAAAGUCAAAGGGUGCGAGAAAUCCUACACCCACCCCAGCUCCCUGCGCAAACACCUGAAAAUGCAUCGCAGCCUGGAGCCAGCCCUCGCCACCGCCACCGCCACCGCCGAGCACAGGGCGGCCGCAGAGCCCACGGGGGCGCAGGAGCCGGGGGCUGGCGCCUGCCUGUCAUUGGCCAGCCCUGCCCCUUGUCUAGCCAGAUGUGCGAGCUCUGUAUCGAUGUUUGACACGCGGUUUGAAAUAAAUCACCGAAUGUGCUCGGGCACGUCUGGUCACAGGGAGAUGUAG